AUGGAAGAGGAUGUUGGGAAACAGCCAACAAAGCGGCGUGUUCGAGGUCGAUCUAGGGGGCUAAGCAGCAGGGGGAAGACGACAGCAGUCAUUAUUUUACAUCUACUGUGCUUACCACUAGUCUAUGGGGUCGAUGAGCGGGCACUGCUGAUUAAACUAUACGAAACUUCAGGAGGAGCUUCAUGGAAGCGAUCGGCUGGUUGGGGCGUCGAUGCCAAUGUGUGCGAGUGGUUUGGGGUCGAUUGCGAAGAUAUGGAGGGCGAACAAGUUGUCACCAAGAUCUCACUUCCACGAAAUAAUAUGAAUGGGAUCAUUCCUCCCGAUUUGUGGCACUUACCACACCUCAAGAUCGUGGAUUUUCAAAAGAAUCUUCUAACUAGCGCAUCAUUGGAGGGCCUUAAGCCCGCCUCUCAUUUGAUGUCAGCCGAGACACACACGAUAAAAGACAUAGAAAACAUGGAAGUGCCUCCUGAGAGAAGUCCAAUAGAAAUUAUUGACCUCUCCAAGAACCACUUGAAAGACCUCAAUGGGAUUGCUUUUGCGCAAGAUACUCUCCGAGACAUCAACGUAAAUCGCAAUCUAAUCGACAAUACCAUCCCUCUGGAAAUUUUCGACUGUACGAAUCUUGAGGCCUUGCAAGUCAGCUACAAUCAGAUUAAAAGUCCACUCCCGACACAAAUCGGGAGAUUGUCCCAUUUGUAUACAUUUCAUGCAAACUCGAAUCGGAUCUCAGGAUCUUUGCCAACCGAAUUGGGAAUUCUAAACAAGAUUGAAGUCUUGGGGUUGGGCGAAAAUAGGAUUACCGGUACUUUGCCCUCCGAAAUCAACGCAAUGCAGAACCUACGGCAACUCUCACUGCACAGAAAUACUCAUCUGAGCGGAGAACUACUCACGUUUGGGAGCAUGCCAUUUCUAGAAGUUCUUUCUCUGGAAGGCAAUGCAAUGUCUGGAACGAUUCCUUCCGGCUUUCUGAGACACAAUACCAAUACAGCAACGCCGAUCACGAUUGAUCUUGCAAACAAUAAUAUUGCAGGGACGCUCCCAAAGUCACUUGAGAGGUUUGAAGCAAUGAACAUUGAUCUCAUCGGGAAUUAUAUCAUUGACAUCCCUCCAGAGCUAUGUCGUAAGGGAGGCUGGAUGGAUGGUUUGGUUGAGCAGUUUGGGUGUGACGCAAUUUUAUGUGGUACAGGAACGUUUAACCGUGAUGGUCGAGCUGAAACUCCUGGGGCCUGCAAACCUUGCUCUGAUGACUCCAAUUUCCUUGGGGCAGUAAAAUGUGACUCUGCAGCUAUGGAUGAUUGGGAACUAAUGCGGAAGGUCUACGAUGCAUUGGCAGGAAACAAGUGGACCAGAAGAGAUGGGUGGGAGAUAUUCGAAGAAGACGCUUCAAACAUCAGCACUGCAGUCAUUUGUGACGAAUUCUUUGGUGUGCAUUGUACUAAUGGAGAGAUAUCAAGCAUCGCGCUUCAAGACAAUGAACUCUUUGGUACCGUCCCGAAUGCUAUCUUCUCCCUUCCAUCUCUAGAAGAUUUAGACCUUUCCAGCAACAACAUCCAGAUGGAUAAUUUCUCUGGCGCAACUCGUGCAGAAUCAAUAAAGUCCCUCAAAUUGUCGAAUGCGAAGGUGAAUGGCAUCGAAGGCAUUGGGCACCUAUCCACUCUUGAGUAUCUUCAUUUGGACGGGGUGUCGAUCGAUGUACCUUUGCAAGAUGAAUUUUUUGAUCUGACAAACCUGCGUGUCCUAGACAUGCAGCACUCAGGCGUCCAAGGACCCCUGCCUACUCUCCUCGGGCGGUUGACCAAUCUAGAAGUAUUAAACCUAUACGGUAAUUUUCUCACCGGGACGAUACCCUCGGAGAUUGGUCUUCUAGCGUCAUUGGAAGUACUGGAGUUAUCGGAAAAUCAUUUUCACGGUCAUUUGCCAGCUGCACUAUUGCUUUUGUCAGGUUUGACGACUCUUUCGAUCAAGCAAGCGAACGGGACUUUAGAUGGCAAGUUACCAUCCUUUUCAAGCUUUACACAGCUGAGAGAGUUGAAUCUUGCCUCAAAUAGAUUCCAAGGAUCGAUCCCUGACAACUUCUUGCAAGGGAUUCAGAAUAAGUCCUCAAACAUCUCAGUAUCUCUAGGAUUCAACCAACUGACCGGGGUCAUUCCACAGUCCCUCGUGUCAUUCGAUCGGCUAAACCUGCGUCUCGAAGGCAAUCAAAUAUCGGGGAUUGCUGCUCCAAUUUGUGACCGUGUAAACUGGAUGAAUGGUGUGGUUUCCGAGUUGGAGUCGGAAUCUCGGUGCAAUGGUAUUCUCUGUCCCCCAGGAACGUGGAAUCGGUUCGGAAGAGAGACAGUGGCUAUUCAGUGUGCCUCGUGUCCUGAUUCGACGUUCUUCGGACAAGUCAGUUGUGGUGUAUCAGAAAACAGCAGGGAACAAGAGAUACUUGAUCUUUUGUUUUCCAGAACGGGUGGCGAAUAUUGGACGAAGCCGCACGAUAACUGGCUGAAUCCCAGUGUUCCAAUAUGUCAACGUGAAGGAAUACUGUGUUUGGGUGAUUUGAGCGACAACGAAGGCGUUAGGGUGAUUCACAUGAAUGAUUUUGGCCUUCGUGGUACUAUUCCGUCGGAAAUUUGGGAGCUCAGCAGUCUCCAGGAGAUUGCUUUUUCAAACAACCAAGUAGACUUGAGCUUCGAUGGAAUCGAGCGAGCAGAGCGACUGCAGGGUCUCAAAUUUUCAAGGUGCAAUCUUCGGAGUCUGGAUGGAUUGGAAAAUGCACAUUCAGUACGGGAGCUCCACAUUGCGCAAAAUCAGUUUGGUGGCACUAUUCCCGAAGAGAUCUUCAGCCUCGAUAAUCUUGAAAAGGUGUACCUGAACAACAAUCACAUCGAAGGAUCCAUUCCCUCUACCAUCGGGACGCUGAGUUCUCUGGAGGUUCUUGAUCUUUGGAAUAACCAGCUAAAUUCCUUCUUGCCAUCGGAAAUCGGUCUUUUGUCGAACCUCGUGGAACUGAAUCUGAGUGCAAACCAACUCUCCGGGACCAUUCCGCCAAAGGUACUUGAACUUCCAAACCUUGCCUUAUUUGACAUUAGUAGCCAACGUGGGACGAAGUUUGGAGGACCAAUUCCGGUGUUUGACCAAAGUCCGUCCAUCUCCUUCUUGGACUUGAGCGAAAACGCAUUCACAGGUGUUUUGCCACAAGACUUUUUAUUGCAGGUGAAUGCGACAGAAAAGAUUGAAGUGAACCUUUCUCGGAACCAAAUCAAUGGAGCAAUUCCAGAAGACUGGGGAAGGCUUAAUAAUCUGAAUGUUGAUCUUUCUGGCAACAUGAUUACGGGCAUCCCUGAUAGUCUGUGUCAUCACGGGGGCUGGAAUGAUGGAAAGAUCGAUCUCUAUGGCACCUGCGAUGCAAUCCUCUGUCCUCCUGGCACAGCAUCCGACAAAGGGCGACAGAUCGCAGCAGUAGACCCUUGUCAACAGUGCGACGGUGACAUUGUCAGUGCUCCUUACUUUGGCUCCACGGAAUGUGGAAAUCCAGAACUCCUUGCCGAGCUUACGGUGUUGUCGGAAUUCUAUGCUGCCACAAAUGGGAUAGGUUGGCUCGAGCAGGAUGGUUGGUUGACUAAUACCCCAGCUUGCUCAUGGUUUGGCGUAGACUGCGACGACGAUGGGCAUGUUGUAAAAAUCGACCUGGAAAACAACAAUGUCGAAAGCGACUCUGUAUUUGCCACAUCGAAGCUCCUCUCACUCCCGAAAUUGAAGUCACUGGACUUGAAGGGAAACUCGGUCAAUAUCGACUUUGCACAGCUACCGAAGAACACGCGACUGCAAGUUUUGCAGCUAUCUGGCACCAAUAUCCGCACACUCGAUGGGAUCUCAAUUGCUUCGGACCUUCGAAUUUUGCAUGCAACGAAUAAUCUGAUCCAAGAAAUACCCGAUGAGCUGUAUGGGUUGACCUACUUGCAAUCAUUGUUCUUGUCUUUCAACUCCAUUACUGGAACAAUUUCUCCAAUGUUCUCGAGCUUGUCCAAUUUGGAGCAACUUUAUUUAUUCGGUAAUCAUUUGACAGGUACAAUUCCAAAGGCGAUUGCGUCGAUGCCAGUAUUGACCGAUUUCAUUGUCGGCAAGAAUUUGCUCAGUGGAACGAUCCCAGCAAAGAUGAGCGCAAUGGAAACUCUCGAGCAAUUUUCUGUUCUAGACCAAGAAGGCAUUGAUUUGAUAACUGGACCUGUGCCGAGCUUUUCACGAGCCAAGAACCUAUGGUACUUCGACGCGUCCAAGAAUGAUCUAACCGGAGAGAUUCCAAAUGACUUUCUGCGUGAUUCAGUUAACAAGAAUGCUAGCAUCACGGUGUACUUGCGAGAAAAUGCGAUCACCGGUACUUUCCCUGCGUCGCUCUCGCAGUUUGAAUUCUUGGAUAUAAACUUGGCUGGGAAUCGGAUUGAGAGUAUUCCCGGGCAGUUUUGUGACAAAAAUGAAUGGAUGCAGGGAAAUGUUGGUCUCAUUGACAACUGUAAUGCAAUUCUCUGCCCACCUGGAACUUUCAACCAAUUCGGGUUUGAAACGCCUACGACCAAGUGCGUCCCUUGUGCUCACCUCGAAGGUAGGAAGUAUCUCGGGGCAACACACUGCGACGAUUUCGCUUCGGAACGUGAGACCUUGGUUCGUUUGUUUGCGUCCACUGGAGGGGAAUUUUGGGAGAACAAUGAUCUGUGGAAUACCGAUGCGCCUAUUUGCAGUUGGUGGGGACUUCGAUGCGAAGAUGGAGACUUGCAGGAUGAGGAGGGUAUUACAAGUAUCAAAUUGGAAGAGAAUGGGCUUAUGGGUACCUUGGCACCCAUUUGGUCGCUUCCGAGGCUCCGUGAUUUCCGAGUUUCUGGCAAUCCAGAACUGUCUGUGGACUUACAGAGCAUGCAUGCUGUGGAUUCUUUGGAAGUGCUCCAAUUGUCGCAAAUCAAACUCUCUAGUUUGAGCAAUCUUGCCAGGGCUACUAAUCUUGGAGACUUGCGCAUUUCUGACUGUGACUUGAAAGGCACAUUCCCCUCAGAACUGUUGCAACUUUCGAAUAGACUGGAAUCACUCAACAUUAGCCGGAAUUUCUUCGUCGGGACACUUCCAACCAUGAUUGCAAAAUUGUCCAAGUUGAAGAGGCUCGACAUUUCCUCUAAUGACUUUCUAUCUACCAUCCCGAGCCAGCUUGGUUCGCUUACUGAUUUGGAGAUGCUCGCCUUGAGGCUAGACAAACCAGGUCCUAGGUUGACUGGCCCGCUUCCUCCAUUUGACAAUGUGCCUCAAAUGACGACGCUUUCACUUCAAGGAAACGAGCUCAAGGGUAACAUUCCGAACAAUUUUUUGAGUGCAUCAAAAGCCAUUGAAUCAGUCAGUUUGGGUUUGAAUAUCUUGACUGGAAGCGUACCGGAACACCUAGCGUCAAUCGAUGGGUUGACGCUGGAUCUGGAAGGAAACCAGAUCCUUGAUUUUCCAACAGCAUUUUGCAUAAAGAACACACAAGGAUGUGCUGGCUUUCUCUGUCCCCCAGGGAGCGCAAACAAGCAUGGGAAGUCAUUGGAUUCAUCUAGUGCUUGUUCGAACUGUACAGUCCGUGAUCAAGAUGCUUUCUUCGGAGCAAUUGCAUGCGCGCCUAGCCAGCGUGAAAUCCUAUUGGAUCUCUAUCAUUCGUUGGGAGGCAAAGAUUGGCACCGAAACGACUUCUGGGGUUCUGCAGCGAAUGUAUGCGACUGGUAUGGGGUUGGAUGUAGCCAGGGGCAAGUCAUCAGUAUCAAUCUUCGUGCCAACAACCUAUUUGGAAUACCCAAUCCAAGCCUCUUUUAUCUGCGCCAUCUCAAGACUCUAUGGUUGUAUUCAAAUCCAAUUAGUUUCUCGUUCGAGAAUAUUGGAAGUGCCAAUAAACUGGAAGAUCUACGUUUGGAUUCGACAAGACUACACUCCUUGAAAGGGAUUGGGUCGGCCACAUCUCUAAUUUCCUUCGAUGCAGCAUUCACGAAGCUGCGUGGAACACUUCCAGAGGAAAUUCUGGAUCUGACCAAUUUGCGGCAUCUUUCCUUGGGGCAUAAUGGCCUGUCUGGCUUUUUGCCGCAAUCUCUGGGAUCAAUGAAACUCUUGAAAUCGCUUGCACUGGGAUCGAAUUUGCUGUCAGGACAAUUGCCAGCGUUCGACAACCUUCAUUUCUUGGAUUAUAUCGACCUCUCGGAAAACUUUUUCACCGGGUCCCUUUCCAAGGAUAUCUUCGGAUUGCUCUCAGUCGACAGCAAUCCGUCUCUGUUGCUCACAAACAAUGCACUUACGGGGAUUGUGCCAGAGGAAUUUGCUCGCUUCAAACAAAUGUCACUUCGAUUGAGUGGCAACAACAUCUUGGGUUUGCCAUUGAGUCUUUGCUACAAUGAUAUGUGGAAUGAUGGUGAUGUGGGUGACUAUUGGUGCGAUGGUAUCUUGUGCAAACCAGGAACGUACAAUGCGAGGGGCCGCAAAACCGGUACUGGUUCCAAGUGCAAACCAUGCAGGAGCGCUAUUUACUACGGCGCCAAUGAAUGCUUGGACAACAACUUCUCAGGGGCCACAAGAUCAUUCGCACACACAUCGAUACUUCUACUACCUCUUGUUAUACUAUUGUUUAUAUAA